UGGGCUCCGGCCGCUCCUUCAGUCCCUGGGCGCUCGCUGGCGGGGGUGGCUGGGACCGUUAGCUCGCCGGGCUGGCAGGCUCCGGGCCGCUACUCCGCUGGCGGCCAGGAUGGAGACCUUGCGAGCCCAGCGGCUGCAGCCUGGAGUGGGCACCAGCGGAAGGGGCACUCUGCGAGCGCUUCGGCCCGGGGUGACUGGGGCGGCGGCUGCCACCGCCACACCCCCAGCGGGCCCCCCUCCGGCCCCCCCGCCCCCCGCCCCGCCCCCGCCGCCGCUGCUCCUUUCUGGGGCCGCGGGGCUGCCGCUGCCCCCCGGCGCUGCUGGCAGCCCCGCGGUGCUGCGGGAGGCCGUGGAGGCCGUGGUGAGGAGCUUCGCCAAGCACACGCAGGGCUAUGGCCGAGUGAAUGUGGUGGAGGCGCUUCAGGAAUUCUGGCAAAUGAAGCAGUCCCGCGGGGCGGACUUGAAGAAUGGGGCUCUGGUGGUUUAUGAGAUGGUUCCCUCCAGCAGCCCUCCCUAUGUCUGCUAUGUCACCCUGCCUGGGGGAAGUUGCUUUGGGAGUUUCCAGUUUUGCCCCACAAAAGCUGAAGCCCGGCGGAGUGCUGCAAAGAUUGCACUAAUGAAUUCUGUGUUUAAUGAACAUCCUUCCCGAAGAAUCACUGAUGAGUUCAUUGAGAAGAGUGUCUCUGAGGCCCUGGCAUCUUUCAAUGGCAACAGGGAGGAAGCUGACAACCCAAAUACAGGGAUUGGUGCCUUCCGAUUCAUGUUGGAAUCCAACAAGGGCAAGUCAAUGUUGGAGUUCCAGGAGCUGAUGACAGUUUUUCAACUGCUGCACUGGAAUGGCAGCCUUAAGGCCAUGAGGGAAAGACAGUGCUCUCGGCAGGAAGUACUGGCUCAUUAUUCACACCGGGCCCUAGAUGACGACAUUCGCCACCAAAUGGCACUGGACUGGGUGAGCCGGGAGCAGAGUGUGCCAGGAGCACUGUCUAGAGAGCUGGCCUCUACUGAGCGGGAACUGGACGAAGCUCGGCUGGCAGGCAAGGAGCUGCGCUUCCACAAGGAGAAGAAAGAUAUUCUUAUGCUGGCUGCUGGGCAGUUGGGCAAUAUGCAUUCUUCCAACUGCUAGGCAUCCACCCACAUACGCCCCAUCCUCCCCAGGCCCUUUUUUAUAUGUCCUUUCUAAAACUUAGUGUGAUUCCUGUACAUACUUUCUCAACUUUAUACUUUAAAAUACAGAAUAUAUAUGUGUAUGUAUGUAUAAAUUCUACACUUGGAUUCCUAUUUGCUAAGAGAUCAUUUUUCUUACUUCUAGUUUUGGGAUGUAGUUGCAUUUGAAACAUCUCCGUGUCGCUUGACAAACAGAGCAGGCUGUCUUUGGAGCUUUGUUGGCUCUUACACUCCCAGUAACUCUGUAGUCAUUUUAACAGCGCAAAAUGAUUGACUGUGUUCAUGUUUCCUUCUUUUCAAAUAACAGGGAGCUUGAAUAAGGACUGUGUGCCCCACCCUAACCCUCAUUCUUCCUUUCUCUUGGACCCAAUGGGGCAUGAAAAUGAAGACUUUGGCUUUGGCUUAUCUUAAGCUGGGCCUAUGUGGUACCAAGCUGUUCCUCCAGUAACCAGAUAUUUCAUAGCCUACACCACCCUCUCCCCCCUCCCCCCACCACCUUACUCCUCCUCUGCCUCCAGAUGGUACUUCAUUUUGAGGCUUUCCUUACUUUAUUAUUUAGAAGGAAGUGAAGAUCUGGUUUCUUAUUUUUAAAAUUAUUGCUGAGAAACUGCCCAGGAAUAAGAGAAGACUUAUAAAUACAACCUGUAGGGGUUUAUCACGUAAUGCUGCUUCUGGGGCACAGGUACCACACCAGCAGUCCAGGUCUCCAGAUGUGCUCUGCUGAAGGGGUCAGGAUUGAAGCCGCUUAUCUUCAGUUUUCCCUUUUCAUUCCUCCUCCCCUCCUUACCUUAGUCAAACCCUGUCUUUAGACAUUCCUGCCUGCAAAGAUUGGUAGAAGGUAAAACAUGUUUCCCUCCUCUCUCUCCUCUCAUCAUUUUGCCCUUUGGAAACAGUAUCUGUCCAAUUUGGUGAGGGCCAUGUCCCUCCUAUUCCCACGAAGUUGCUGCUGUUUACUACCUUGGAUGUACAUACCUUAGAUUCAUGUUUUCUCUCUUUUCUUUCCUCUUCCUUUCCUUUGAUUAUUAGAGCAUGAGCUGAUCAGGAAAAUUAGAUGAGACUUUGGCAUUAUGGCACUUCCUUAUUGGAACCUUGAGAGACUACAGGAAAGGAAAGAGAAUCAUUGAUCAGCUGCUUGUGUUUUUAAUACUGUUCUCUUCCCCCACCUCUUUCCUAGGGGAAAUAGGACAGAAAUGAUCUGGAGUACAGCGAAAGCAUUUCCCUUUGGGAAGUUUUUUUGUGGGUCUCUCUAAAAUAUAUUUCCCCCUUUUUUCUGUAAUCUCCUUUAUGCUGUGUUAUAGUUCAAUGCACUUUCUAAACUGAGUUUGAGAAACUCAAUGCUCCUGCAGUUGCACUUCCCAUUUAACAAUUAUGCACUUUGCUUUUAGAGAUAGGUUAGGAAACAUGCUACAAUUUGCUGUUUUGGAUCAGAUAGGGAAAAGAUGAAAGUUAGCUUUCUUACUUUUGAAAUCAUCUUGGUGACCAGUACUUGUGGGAUCAGAGGUAAGGAAUCUAGCAGCAAUUGUAUUAGUGCUUGAAAGAGAUGUCCUUGAAUUCUCCAAGCCCCAUCUCUGUAUUCCAUGAAGCAAAUGUAGGGUUUGAGCAGAGGCUCCUACAUUAAAUAAGACGUGUGUCUAUUCAGUCUUUAUGGAUACUUAUAAUCCAGAAAUCAUAAACCCUCUUUUCUCCUGUGCUCUUUUCUCUGGGAAGUGUUAAGGCAUGUGAGUUGUGGGAAGAAUUUGUCCUUGCACCCCCUGGAUUAUUUUUCUCAAAUAUCUACCAGUAAGAGCCCAAAGAACUUGAGAAAAAUUGUUCCCGUAUCUGUCCACUUCUGGUGUUAAAGUUUUACUUACCUUUUUAGUACUUUCUUUGUAUUUUAUAUGUACAAUUUAAUACAAUUAAAAAUAAAUUUUUGUCUAGUAA